AUGUCAAGGUUGGAAAUUUACUCGCCUGAAGGACUAAGGGUAGAUGGUCGUCGUUGGAAUGAGCUUCGCCGGCUGGAUUGCUCGAUCAAUACUCAUGCUAAUGCUUCCGACGGCUCAUCAUAUCUGGAACAAGGAAACAACAAAAUCAUAACACUAGUGAACGGCCCCCAGGAGCCCAAAUUGCGCUCGCAAACUAAUGUCAACAAGGCGACGCUCUCAGUGGCUGUCAACAUCACGAGGUUUUCUAAAGUCGAAAGAAGCAAAUCAAGCCAUAGGAACGAAAGAAGAGUACUUGAAAUGCAAACUGCACUUGUGCGCACGUUCGAGAAAAACCUACUGCUGCAUCUAUACCCGCGAACCCAGAUAGACAUUCAAAUUCAUGUUCUACAACAAGAUGGUGGGCUCAUGGGAAGUUUAAUCAACGGGAUAACGCUGGCGCUAAUCGACGCAGGGAUUGCUAUGUAUGAUUACAUUAGCGGUGUCUCUAUUGGUCUCUACGAUACAACGCCACUGCUGGAUCUCAACACAGUAGAAGAAAGUGCGAUGAGCAGCGUUACGUUGGGCGUUAUGGGAAAAACAGAAAAGCUAUCGCUUCUUUUGGUGGAAGACAAAAUUCCUCUCGACAGAAUGGAAAGUGUGCUGGCGAUCGGAAUCGCCGGUGCGCAUCGUAUAAGAGAGCUAAUGGACAAGGAGCUAAGGAAACACGGUGAGAGAAGAUUUGCAAAUAUAUCUUCCUGA